CGUUUCUUACUAAUCGCAGUAAUCGCACCAAAUUCCUUCAAAAGUAAUUUUUCGAAAAAGUUGUAAUGAGCAACGUUUGGAUGUUGGUAUUAUCACUAGAGCUGCUCUUUAUUGUGUCGGAAGCGGCAGAUGGAAAGUGGCUUUUUAAUCUUUGCUGCCCGUCAAAGGAGUUGGUUUUUGUACCUAAAACAGAUUACGCAUGCGAAAAUAUUCCGGGUGCAUUCACAGAAGACAAUGUAUGUGUUUACCAGCCGUGUGGAAAGAAACGCUGUUGUGGCAACGGCUGGUGCAAUAUGUACUGCUGCAACUGCAAAGGGGGAUGCGAGGAUCAAACUAAUAUUAACUAUUUUUUGCGUCACUUCCAUAAGUGUUGCAUAAAAGAUGUGCUUGUAAUUCGGGAAAUUGAACCGAAAAGAAAAGCAAAGGAACUAUUAAAAUAGUGCAGGAAAUAUUAAGUCACAUAAAAUGCAUUUGAUCAGAGGCAAAUCCUAAACUCAAAAAUAAAGUGCGAGAUAUUUGUUUCAAGCGUA